UUAAGAUCUAAAGCCUUAUCUACGAUAAAACUUGAUUUGACACACAUUAAACAUUACGUUCCUAAAGCGAAGACAAUGAAAACUUCUGUUGGAAUUGUAGUUACUAAAUCCGUUUUGCUCCUGCUGCAUUUGCUCCUGAUCGGCACCAAUGCACUGCGAUGCUAUGAAUGCCAGGACGUCAUGCAAAUACAGGACUGUCGGCGAAUAGUGGAAUGUAAUCUAGGACAAAAAUGCUUUUACCACAAUAAAAACCCAAGAUUUGAGCUAAGAUGUAUGAACGAAAUACAAUGUGCAGCCGUGACGUCAUUUUUGUCACACUCCGCUCAGAAUGGUCUCAGUCAAAAUCGGAUUGGUUGUUGCAGUCACUCGGAUUUAUGUAACGGUGUAGACAAUAGUUCACAAACAACUCAUGUUCCUACAACAGCUCAUUCAUGGACGACAACUCCACUUCCUAAAAUUGUCAUUAACGCCCCUGACAAAGCUGCAUAUGAAAGUAUGGUUCAACUGUCAUGUGUGACUAUACCACCGGCAGAGAGAUAUUCUUGGAAAUUCAAUGGAACUUCUACUUUGCCUGCCGGGGUGUCUGCUGUUCAGUAUACACCAAAUCAGGGUGCUGUCGCAGGAACAGAUGUUUUGACCAUUGUCAAAAUAGACGCGACAUCUUUCGGAACUUACACAUGCGCCGGAUCUAUACACGGCCAAAUGGUGCAAUUCUCACAUUUCAUCAGUAUAAUGCCUGAAACAAUACCGGCUGUUUUGACAGGAUAAAGUGCAUUCUGACUAUGAUCUUUAAAAUAAUAAACUUUACAAAACCUA